AUGCACCCCACUCAACAAAGAUCCACCCGCAAACAGGAGAUUCAGAAGGACUUCCGCCAUCUAGCUACGAUUGGCUUCACAUCCCUGGUCAUGGGGACGUGGGAGAUCCUCCUGACUGCCAACCUGCCCGCGCUUGCCAACGGUGGCACUUCCACCCUCUUCUGGUCGAUGAUAUGGUGUUACAUCGGACAGCUCUUCGUGGUUCUGUCUCUGGCGGAGUUGAGCUCAAUGGUACCCAUGACAGGAGGCCAGUACCAGUGGGUGAGUGUGUUUGCGCCCCUGCGCUUUCAGAAGCCUUGGGCGUACUUCUCGGGCUGGCUAUGCUCCAUCGGGUGGCAGUCUAGAUUCACAGCGGAUUGCUACAUCGUGGCUGGCACCAUUCAGGCCCUCAUCGACAUCAACCACGACCUUAAGUAUGAGAAGUCUCCGUGGCACCAGGGUCUGCUGACUGUUCUGGUGGCUAUUGUCAUUUCAGCAUUCAAUGCUCUGGCGGCGGGGCACUUGUCAAUCGCCGAAGGUUUCUUCGCUGUAUGCCACGUCUUCGCCUUCGUGCCCAUUGUGGUAUCCCUCUGGGUCCUCGGCCCUGUCAACAGCGCCAGAGAGGUUCUCCUCAACUUCACCGAUCACGGAGGCGGGUGGAGACACAGAAUCAUCAUGCCGCUCGUGGGUCAGAUCAGCAGCAUGUUCGUCGUGCAGGGGAGCGAUGCUGUCGUUCACAUUGCCGACGAGGUGGACGAUGCUGGCGUCUUGAUGCCGCAAUGCAUGCUGUGGGCAUUCUUGCUCAACGUGCCCAUGACACUCAUCAUGCUGGUCACCCUCUGCUUCAACGUUGGAGACGUGGACGACGCCGUCAAUGGUAUCUUUCCACCGUUCGUGUCGAUUUUCAAAUUCUCGUUCCGCUCGGUGCAAGCAACGACAGCCUUCACCAUUGUCAUCCUAUGCCUGCUCGUCAUGAUCGCUGUCAGUACCAUGGUGGCCACAUCACGACACUUGUUCGCCUUUGGACGAGAGGUCGCCCUCUACUACCCCAGCUGGUUCAGCAAGGUCAAUGUUCGAUUCAAAGUCCCCCUCAACGCCAUCCUCAGCACGACCUUCUUCGCAACGCUUGUAGCACUGGCGACGAUGGCCUGCUCCGAGGCACUGAAUACAAUGAUCGGCCUUUCAGUUUGCUGCUUGAUGACGACCUACAUGGCGUCAAUUGGCAGCCUGAUCUGGAGACGACUUCGGCGUGAGGAGCUACUAAAAGCACGUUGGUCAUUGGGCCGCGCAGGGCUCCCCGUCACCUGUGCUGCGUUCUUGUACUGCGCCUGGUGUUUCUUCUGGUCUUUCUGGCCAAGAUUCCACAACGUGAGUGGCAACAACUUCCAGUGGACCAGUCUGUUAUUCUCUGUGGUGGUACUGCUCAUGGUGUUGUGUUACAGAGGAGGCAGGAAGAGGAAGCGGUCGUUUGAGUUUGAUGAUUCUACUUAUACUCUUCAACCUAUGCCGCUGUGGAAUGGCUCAGACUGA